CUUGUACUUCAUUCAGUGCAUCUCUGACAGGCAGGGCAGUGUCAACAGAGCAGGCAGUGCGGUACAGGCACACAGGAACGAUUGAAAGAAAGCUCUGCAACUUUAACCAGCCUUUUUCUGUCAAAAUGAACAACGACUCUGUUGUCAUCGUCUCUGCUGCUCGGACACCCAUAGGUAAGAAACAACACUCGCCAAUAUGCAUUCACAGUAAUAUUGCAGCCUUUUAUGUAAAUUUAGUGUGUCUCCUUGUCGCUAUGGUCAUUUUAUCGGUUAAAAAUUCAAAUAUAGAUUUAAGCUGCCGUGUGUCUUUACUUUUUACAUUACCGUCGUAAUAAAACGUGUGUUUCAAUUUUGCUCGAUGUAAUUCAAUCAAAUAUGCGAAGUCUUACCGGGCUCUGAUUGGUUCACUUUUGUGUCCGCAGUGUUCUGCGAGCAGUGAUUGGCUGGCCGUCAUAGUUCCACGUAGCACGAGAUCACUACCAUUGGUUACCUGUAACGUUCUAACUAGUGCCCCAGCAAGUGGGGGCGUGUUUACCGUCCAUGACAUGAAACAUUGAAUUUGACUAUAAGGCGACAGUGUAUUACAUAAAGUGAGAUAAUGUGAAAGCAUGAAUAACUGUCAGGUAAAAACUUUGAGGUGGGAAACACGUCCUAGUUCAAUAAGGAGCAGUUUCAAAGCCUUAAAUUGCUUCCUGACUGUCAUCUCCCUCCUCUUUUUUUCACAGGGUCUUUGAAUGGUGCUCUGUCAACGGUGCCUCUGCCUGACCUGUGCUCAGUUGUGAUAAAAGAUGUCCUAAAGCGGGCCACAGUGAAGCCAGAAGAGGUCUCUGAGGUUAUCAUGGGCCACGUCCUAACAGCAGGUAAAAGCUCUGGGAACUAAGAUAGAAGUGUGGCAGAGGUUGAACAAGACAUGGAUCUUGCUUACAGUAUCAUACUGAUCUGACUUUGCUCCCUUUUCUGUUAUUUCCUUAUCAGUAUUAUCAUUCAUUUUUCUUUUGCUGUUUUUUCUUUGUAUUUGUAAGGUCACGGGCAAAACCCAGCUCGUCAGGCCAGUGUUGCAGCAGGGAUCCCUUACCCUGUCCCAUCCUGGAGCUGUCAAAUGGUGUGUGGUUCUGGGCUGAAGGCCGUGUGUCUGGGAGCUCAGUCCAUUCAGUCAGGAGAGUCUGCUGUGGUGGUGGCAGGGGGCAUGGAGAGUAUGAGCAGGGUAAGUGUGACACAUGGAGCGAUGAGGAGGGCUUGAAAGUACAAUCAGAUCAGAUGGAUGAGGUGUUAUGAUCUCUGUAUUUGAAGGCUGGUUAUCAGCAAGUAGGGAUGGGAAUUGAGAACCGGUUGUUGUUGAGAACCGGUUCCAAAUGGUUCGAUCCAUUGACAUCUUUUACAUAUUAUCUCAACAAUUCCUUUUUCAUGGGUGCCUUGAAAAACGUUCUUACAAGAGCCAGUAUACGUGACCGAGAACAGUGACUUUGAGGAAAAAAACAUGGCGGAUGGUAUGAAAAGUAAGCAGAAACAAUCUAAUGUGUGGCUUCAUUUGACUAAGAAAGACGACAACAGUGCGAUGUGCAACCUGGUGUUUACUUAUUGAAAAGAUAAUUCUGACUUUUUGAACUAUUCCAAAUAAAGAAUCACCUUGAAAAUUUGAAGUUCAGCUCAAUAUUUCAGAUAAUUACAAAAAUGUCCCUCAAAGAACUUAAUGCAAUAUGAAUAACCGGAUACUAAGACCAUCAUUAUAAUAGCCUAGCCCUGUUUUUACAUUUUUCACAUCAAAUAUUCACAUGAACAAAUUUGUCCAAAGUCAGCAGGAUGAGUUUUUUUUUGUUUUUUUGUCACUAUUAAAGGGAUAUUCGGGCAUAAAAUUAAUUUAGGGAAUCAUGGAAAUGCAAUCAGACCGAGACGCUAAGGCAGAAGAGCUACCACGUCUGCAGUGCAAAAUGAUCAAUAUGGUGAUUAUUACUUAAAGGAAAUGACAAAGAAAUUAUCAUAAAUGUUCUUCCUUGAGCUGCGUCACCCCGCAGCAGUCCGUAAUGGACUGGCCCGAGGUCUCGUUACAAACAAGCGAAGCUGGAAGAGAGUAGGUGAAUUGUGUUUAGUCUUUUUGCUAAAGAAAUUAGGCAAAGCUAAAAAGAUGUUUGGUGGCUAGUGCUAUGACUGGGACCCUAUAUGUACUGUUGAUAAAGUUAGGUGCGGUUCUGAGCAUUAUUUGUGGCUAUAGAGUGGCUUUUUAGUUGAGGUGUGUUUAUGACUCCUCAGACCACAUUGUAUUGCUAUAGUAUGGUCGUCACUAAAGUUGGUAUACCUAAAGAAGCAAGCGGUCGGCAACAUUCAUCUCUUGAGGGGUGUCUAACUCAGUGUUACGAUGUGUUUGACCCUAAAUUAAUUUUAUGCCAGAAUAUCCCUUUAAGGCAAGUAAAAGACAAGAGAAGCAAAAGCUGCUUUAUCCACAGGAGUGGCGCCAAACUGAAAGUUCCUCACAGGAGCUUUGGAGUUAUUAAAAUUUUGUGGUUACUUUUCUUUACAACUUCUCAAACAGGUCUGUGCUACCCUCUAUUUUGGUCUUCUUUCAUAUAAACAGAGACAGACAUCUUAACUCUUGUUUUCUUGGCUCACUUCAAGGCUCCUCACACACUGCAAAUGCGAGCAGGUGUGAAGAUGGGCGAUGCCUCUCUUCAGGACUCCAUGGUGGCUGACGGCCUGACAGACGCCUUCCACAGCUACCACAUGGGCAUCACAGGUGUGCAUGGUGGAGGACAUACAAAGGCACCAGCUUGAUUUCUGUACAUCUUAAUAACUGCUUUCAUAAAUCAUACCCAUAUUUCCCAUCAGCUGAGAACGUUGCAAAGCAGUGGGCAGUGAGUCGAGAGGAGCAGGAUCUGUUUGCUGUCAGGUCCCAGAACAAAGCCGAAGCUGCACAGAAGGCAGGACAUUUUGACCAAGAGAUCGUUCCGGUUAUGGUGCCAUCGAGAAAAGGUGAAGCAGUGAAGUGUUCAAUUAUAAAUCCUUCUGUUUUUGAGAGGUUGUCUCAUCAGUCUGUUUGUCUCACAUCUUUAGGCCCAGUGGAGGUGAAGGUGGAUGAGUUUCCUCGCCAUGGCAGCAACAUUGACAGCAUGUCCAAACUCAGACCCUGCUUUAUUAAGGACAGCACGGGCACAGUCACAGCUGGAAAUGCCUCAGGUUCGAGCUUUAAAUUUUCUAACUCCACAAUAAAAAUCAACGAUAGUUCACUUCAUCUAUCAUCAAAAUACAGUUAUCUGCUCUGUACAAAUGGAAUAAAAAUGACUGAAGUAUUUCUAAUCCCUGGACCUACCUCUUGAAAUGUACUCAUUGUUACUAUGAUUCUUCUCUCCCUUUGUAAUAAUAUGUAUGUGUAUGUAUAUUUUCUGUCUGUGCCUUUUCUUUCCUUUUCUUUUCUAGUUCUUUUCCUUUCCUUCUUUCUAAGUAUUUUGAAAAAUAUAUUUGUACAAUUAUCUGUAUUUCAGGAAUUAAUGAUGGAGCAGCAGCAACUGUCUUAAUGAGCCAAUCAGAGGCUGCGAGGCGGGGCUUAAAGCCCAUGGCUAGAAUUGUCUCCUGGGCUCAAGCUGGCCUUGACCCGUCUAUCAUGGGAACUGGACCAAUCCCUGCCAUCAGGAAAGCGGUGAGAGAUCAGAAACAGCUCAGUGCAACAGUGACUGAUGAAAGCCCCGGUGUCUUGACUCUUACUUCUUCUUCGAUAGGUGGAGAAAGCAGGAUGGAAGCUGGACCAAGUAGACCUGUUUGAGAUCAAUGAGGCGUUUGCUGCCCAGUCUGUCGCUGUGGUUAAAGAACUUGGGCUGAAUGCAGACAAGGUGCGCAUCAUAGCUUACAGUCUUGUCCAAAUUUAUACUAGAGUGCGUUUAACAAUACUUUUCUUUCUUAGGUGAAUGUGAGUGGCGGCGCCAUUUCUCUGGGCCACCCCAUCGGGAUGUCAGGCUGCAGAGUGCUUGUGACUUUGCUGCACGCUUUGCAGAGGACGGGGGGCCAUAAGGGGGUGGCAUCACUCUGCAUCGGAGGAGGGAUGGGCAUCGCCAUGUGCGUGGAGAGGGACUGAGAGAGAAACUUUGGCUCAAUCUUGAGUUUUUACUGGAGAAGGGAUGCUGAAUCACUGUUUACACUGCAGAUGGUUUAAAAUGGUUUACUGGGGGAUCUUCCAAUCACUGCACCAGAGGUGGAAAUAAUGCAUUUAAAUUUAUUGUGAUUGUAGGGACCUGUCUAACCGAAGCUUUCACUGUGAAGUUAAUUUGACCUCAGGUUGUAGCUGAGUAGUAUUAAACCUCACCCAAGAGGUUUUGGGAUGUACAGGUAUGUGCUAACAGCUUUGGCAGAAAACUAGGCAUUAGAUGAGCUUAAUAGUCACCUUACUAAAGCAAAUAGUUUGACCUGUGUUCAGUUAAUUGCAUAGCUGGAUCAAUGAAAUUCUCCCAGUGGUCAGACUUUGAAAGACAAGCCUCUUUCUCUGUAAUCCACUGAUGGUAAUUUGUGGUGCAACUUAUUUAAUCAUUGUGUCUAUCCCAUAGAUUUAGGAUGCUGUGAAACCUGACAAACAUUCCUCUUUCUCUAGUCAACUGUGCAGCCUUCAACCCAGCUAAGUGCCAUAAGGUGAAGUGUGCUUGCCUUCUCUAACCUUGUGCUUCCUUUACACAGCUGACUGUCUGUGGAGAUGUGUCCUGUAAUGUAGCUGCUUGACAUAUCAGUAAAGAACUUAAAGCCAUAAAGCCAAA